AUAUACUUAUAUGGAAAUGUCAAAAGCCUUCAACAAAGUUAACCAUGAAACCCUAUUCAAUAAGCUAAACAACUGCUUCAACAUUUCUGGUAACUUGCUCUGUUGGUUCAAGACCUACUUGUUAGACCGUAGGCAACACGUUACUGUGCUAGGCGCCACCUCCUCUGAAAAACUUGUACUGUCAGGAGUACCACAGGGUUCAAUAUUAGGCCCUAUACUUUUCCUCCUCUAUGUGAACGACCUUCCAAAUGCCGUAAAGAACUCCAAGGUUUCAUCUUUCACAGAUGAUACUAAGGUAUUUAAGUGCAUUGACUCCAUCUCGGAUGCUAGCUUGCUUCAGAGUGAUCUGAAUAGUCUGGGCAAUUGGUCAACUAAUUCCAGGCUUGUAUUUAAUCAAGACAAGUGCAAGCUGCAGCAAAUUACCAGGAAAAAGAACCCGAUCGACUUCUCCUAUGAGAUAAAUAACAAAUUACUGGAAAUUUCAUCGGAAGAGAAAGACCUGG